CGCUCGCUACUGCGUUCCGUCCCGUUCACCUUUCCCCUACUUCCUCAGACACGCCGCUCUCCUCACCCGGCGUGCACAGCCUGGCACACAACGAGGAAGCUUCUCUGUUUACCAGCUAAGCGCCAGCACAGAACCAUGUGGAUGAGCAGAUGCAGUCGCUUUGUCCUGCCCGCGCUUCGCAGGAGCUCCUCGAGCCUGGCUGUGCAGUGUGUGAGGGGUCGUGGUGGAGCUCCUCAGCUCUCUGUGUCCUUCAGGAUGCAGCAGAGGCACGGCCAGCACACACACAGCUCUGCCUCUCUUGCCGAACCAGGCCAGAGUGUGCGCUACGUCGGGGCCCUUCACGCAGAGCGCCUCCUGCAGGUGGAGUGGGAGGAGGGCGGACACAGCCUUUACCCUUUCACAUGGCUCCGGGACAACUGCCAGUGCCCCAGAUGCACUCUCCAGUCUGCUCUGGCCCGCAAGCUGCUCGUGGGGGACCUAGACGUGAACAUCGGGGUGGACUCUGUGGAGCUCACCUCUGACAACAAGGUGUCAGUGGUGUGGCAGGACCAGCACUCCAGUGUGUUUGACUGUGACUGGCUGAAGAGGCGCUGUUUCUCUGCUGCUGCGAGACGAGCUGUGCAGGAGGAGCUCUUCCUCAACGAGCGUGUGCACUGGGGCUCGUCUCUGCGUGUGCCCACCGCUCAUUUUGAGGAGGUGCUGCAGGACGACCGCGCGGCUCUGGCCUGGCUCCUGGCUCUCAGGCGCAUCGGUGUGGUUCUCCUGCAGGGGGCGCCGCAGGAGCCCGGACACGUGGCCCGACUGGCAGAGCGCAUUGGCUACCUCCGCCUCACUUUUUACGGACACACGUUUAAGGUCCAGGAUAAGCCCAUGGCCAACAACGUGGCAUACACCGCCGAGAAGUGCAGCUUCCACACGGACUACCCCGCCCUCCACCAUCCUCCAGGAAUCCAGUUCCUGCACUGCAUCAGCCAGGCGGCGCGUGGGGGGGAGAAUCUCCUAGUGGACGGGUUCCACAUUGCAGAGAAGCUGAGAGCAGAGGACCCCGAGGCCUUCCACAGCCUCUCCACUCUCUCCAUAGACUUCACCGACACAGGCUCGGACUACUGCCCCUUCAGACUGCAGUCCAAGCACCGCGUCAUCCAUGUGAACUCUGAGGGCAAAGUGACCAGGAUCAACCUGAACAACGCCACUCGAGACUCAGUGUUGGACCUGCGUCUGGAGCAGGUGCAGCCCUUCUACAGAGCGCUGAAGGCCCUGGAGGACAUGAUGAACAGAGAGGACAACAUGGUGACGCUCAGGAUGGAGCCAGGAGACAUCUUGACCUUUGAUAACUGGCGGCUGCUGCACGCCCGCACAGCGUUUGAGAGCUUCCCCGAGCGUCCGCGCUUCCUGGAGGGCUGUUACCUGGACUGGGACGAGGUCAUGUCCCGCCUCAGGAUCCUGCGCCACCACCUGCAGGGAGACAAGGCAUAGAUGGAGAACAGGCACAGCACGCAGCGCCAUCUCAGGUUUAAAUCCUUCAGCAGCAGAACAUACCAAGUUUCUGUUCUGUGCAAGUUCAAAUUUUAAAGCUUUUAAGGAGAUCAGAUGUCAGGUGUUUAGACAAUGGAAUUAUUUUGUAAAAUAUAUUUAUUUUUUCACUAGUAUUAAAAGGUAGAGAAUGGGAUCUCAAAUGUGCCUGAGGGGGGAUGCCUCUUGUUUGUCAGUAAAUGUAAAAUGUCUUAAGUGUAAAAUGUAAUGACUUCACUGUAAAUAACCACGUGGACUGUUCGGACUCUGCCGCUGUGAUGAUGAGACUAAACUUGGACGUAGUGGACGCAGUGUUCGUACAGAAGACACACAGGACUAGUGCCAGCUGAGCCGCGCUGAAUGCACAGUGGCAUCUGGUUUAUUCCGUCACUAACAGUUUUCCUUCUCCCCAUCCUCUCCUAUUAAAUCUGUUUUUCACAGAGUCGAGCUAAAACAAGUAAAUAUUUAUGAAUCGCACAAUGGAUGAGUUGCAGAUGGACAAUGUGACUUUUAUGAGCUUUUAGCCUUUUAAACCCUGGUAUAACAGUGAUAAACAGCUUUGUUAUGUGUUCCUCAUAUAAAAAAAAAAAAAGAAAAAAAGCUGACUCUGGGCAAAAUGGCCAUGUCCACUUUAUGGCAUUAUUUAUUAUGCUUAGAAAAUGAGCACUUACAGCAUCACAAAGCACCUGUUUUAACAGACGUGUUUUUCAUUCACUUUAUUUAUGAAGCACUUAAACAUGUUUUUAUGGAUGUGGACCCACAACUCACUAGCCACUGUGUGAUCUUUAAAAAAAAAUAAUAAAAUCAAAGAAUAGGGAGAAUUCAUGAAAAUCGUGCACUUCUGGAAAAGUUUUUAAUUCUUGGCAGGGUAUUCGGUAUAGGCCUAAGGUUUUCAAAAAUCCAUGAAUACAAGUUGGAGUGCGUCCCCUAGUGGCCGAUGUGCAUAAAUUCCAAAAUGGCUCCUGCUGAAACAAGAAAAGGUUAUAUCUCUGCUUCUUUUAGUCUUAAAUGUUAGUUAGUUGUAUUAAGCGAUUUUUCUACUUUGUUUGAUACUAGGAAUCCAGUUCUGAUACAUUCUUCUUAUUUUUAGUCUUUUUUAUGUUAAAUCUAUCAUCAUAGUCAUAUUUAACUAAAAUAAACUGUCAAUAUCUCUGAAAAAGUCACAUUUAAGUAUUUCUUGCUUGGGUAAACAAUUUCUGCAUCUUAGUUGACUUGAUUUCAGAAAGAGCCAGUUUCUAGUAAAGGCUUUUACAAAACAGUAUUUUUCACACUAAAUUGAUGGUAACAUGUUCAAUAUUAUCCUUUAAGAGUGAACAUGUGGGUUUAGAGCAGGGGUGUCAAGCUCAUUUUCACCAAGGGCCACAUUUGGAUCAUGUUUGUCUUUAAAGAGCCGAUUGUAAAAUUAAAACUGCAACUGUAAUAUCGAUAUGUUAGGGUUAUGUUAAGUCUGUAUUUAAUUUUUCAUUUCAUAUUUAUUCAUUUUGUUUAUUUUAAUGUUUUUAUUAUUUACUGGUAUUCUUGUUCUUAUUUGAUUUUAAUAGUUUUAUUGUCUUAAUGGAGUAUAGUAGAGUUAAGUAGAGCUUGGAUAUGUUUUAUUUGUAUUGUGCAGCACUUGGGAAACGGUUUUGUUUCUGAAAUGUGCUGUAGAAAUAAAGUGGAUUGGAUUUGAUUUAAAGGUUUAAGUUAAAACAUUCACAUUACUCCUUCUGUAACAUUCAUGAAAUAGCCGUCCUACUGCAUCAAUUUUUCCUUUCUUUGGGGAAGUUUGGGGAAGUUUCCUCGGCCUUACUAGUGACGGGAUGCACUCACUUCACAGGAAAAAACUGUGCCGCUACUACAUCUCCCACAAUGCACCGGAGUCACAACAUAAUAAAUUAUACCUUUUAACCCUUUGUGGGCCACAGAAAAUGGCUUGGCAAGGCCUGAAUGAUCUUUAUAUGUUGUUUCAUUUCAGAGAUAUGGACCGUUUUUCAAGCUAAAAGUGACCAUGACAAUAAAUAUGGCAUGAAAAUAGCUUUAAAAUAGGAAGAAAGUAUUAAAAUCACAUUCUUUUUAUCAAGUCAAGUAGAAAAAGUUUCAUUAUACGACAGUAAAGGACAAAAGGAAGGUGGAAAAGGGGCCAUUUUGGAUUUUAUGUAGACCGGCCACUAGAGGGCGCAUCCCAACUUGUAUCCAUGGAUUUUUAAAAACCUUAGGCCCAUACCCAACACCCUGCCAAAAAUCAACAACUUUUCCAGAAGUGUACAAUCCUUAUAUUAUUUCACAAUUUUCCUCUCAACUAAAAUGUGUUAGAGAUCGGAGCCACCCAGGCGACGCUGUGCACAGAGCCAAUUACUCAAAACAUGUUUAAUACUAAAAAAUCAGACAUGACCGACUCAAGACGACAAAUGGGGUUACAUAUACUAAGGUCCCUGGGUAAUCCUGUGCUAUAAUAAAUGUAAAUGUAUGCACCUUUUUAAUGUAUGGAGCCAUAAUUGAGCAGGUUGUGUAUGAAUGCAUGUUGUAUGUUCAAUAAAUCAAAGAACCCAA